CUAGGUUUUGAGCCACAGCCUUCGACUGAUAAAAUGGCGGUGGAAAACAUCGGCGAAUCUCAGGAUGAGAAGGAAAUCCUUAUUAAGGAUGCAGAGAACAGCGGUGAGGUUGUCGAGAGCACAAAAAACAAAGAGUCCAAACUGAUAUUGUACCACUGGACUCAGUCAUUUAGUUCUCAGAAGGUGAGACUGGCAAUAGCUGAGAAAGGUCUUCAGUGUGAGGAGUAUGAUGUGAGUCUGCCUCUGAGUGAACACAAUGAGCCCUGGUUUAUGCAUCUGAACCCCACUGGUGAGGUUCCUGUGCUGGUUCACAAUGACAGUGUCAUCUGUGACCCCACACAAAUCAUGGACUAUUUGGAGCAGAACUUCUGUGAUGAGCACACACCAAAGCUUAUCCCAGAAGAGGGAAGCACGUAUUAUCAUCGAGUACAGCAUUACAGAGAGCUGCUGGACUCCCUGCAGAUGGAUGCGUACACCCAUGGCUGCAUCCUCCACCCAGAGAUCACUGUAGACUCCCACAUUCCAGCUUAUGCCACCACUCACAUUCGCACACAGAUUGGAAACACAGAAUCUGAGCUUAAGAAACUAGCAGCAGAGAAUCCUGAUCUUAAAGAUGCUUAUAUUGCAAAACAGAGGCGCCUGAAGAGUAAAUUGUUUGACCAUGAUAACAUGAAAUACCUGAAGAAACUCCUGGAUGAACUAGAGAGUGUUCUGGAUCAAGUGGAGACGGAGCUGCAGAGGAGGAUUGAGGAGACACCAGAAGAGGGCAGUCAGCAGGCAUGGCUCUGUGGCGAGUUCUUCAGCAUUGCGGACGUUUCCCUUGCUGUCACCCUUCAUCGCCUCAAGUUCCUGGGCCUGUCCCGUCGGUACUGGGGAAAUGGGAGCCGGGUCAACCUGGAGACGUAUUAUGAGCGUGUCCUGAACCGGCCGACAUUCCGCAGAGUGCUUGGCCAAGUCAAUAACAUCCUCAUAUCCGCUGUGCUGCCCACCGCAUUCAGGGUGGCAAAGAAAAAGGCUCCAGCCUUUGUUGGUGCCACUUUAUUGAUUGGGUUGAUUGGGGGUGCCACUUACCUGGCUUUCAAUUAUUUUAAAAAGAGACUUAUUGUGUCUUGAGACAUCUAUUGGGACUCAUUCAACAUUAUUCUGUCUUGACCUGUGUAUAAUUAUUGUCACAAUUGGCUCAUAUAUACUGUAACAGUUUGAUGAUUGUUGCACAAGAAGCACUUUUCUGCCAUAAUAUGAAGCAAAUCAGUUUGGAAAACAGACACAAAGCUUUUUUUUUUUUCAGUGAUAUGUUCAUUAAACUGACUUACAUGGCUUCAAUUCUUGCUGUAAGGCCUUCAUGGCCAGUAUGUGCUUUUUGCUAACAUUUCUUUGUAAAUGUCUGCUCGCAAUUACAGAUAAAAAAAAAUUCCCAGAUUUCCAAGCAUCAGGCUUGUAAAAAUCCAUAUAUUAAAAAAAAUGUGUAUUAUUAGGAUGAGAGUUUGUGACUGUUCUGCACAAAUAAGUUUAAUUCAUUCAUACUUUUGUUUUUACUUGACAAGUCAAAGGAUUUACAAUACUAUAUGCAAACCUAAUUUCUCUGCACAGGAAAGACAAAUAUAAUAAAGCCUAUUUAUCAGUUA